CUCUUUGUACUACAUAGGCUAAGUUUUAUGUGAAAAAAACCAAAAAUACUUUGCCUGUUGGUUUGGAUUUUUUCUUUUUAUAUGUACUUAAGGGAAGAAGGAAAAAGACAGUGAUAAACCUAUAAACUGCUUCCUUUCAUAUAUAUGUAUAUGCAUUUAUAUUUUUCAUAGGGUUUAUGCAUUUCUGUACCCAGUACAUUUUAUUAAUCUAAAAGGAAUGCUAAGUUCUGGUGGGCCUCGGUUUCUUAGAAUGCGUUCAUUAUCUGUGCCUCACUUGCUGCAGGGACGUGCUCAAUAUUACGUAGGCAUAUAGGCAGUUUGUUGCUAAAUAAGCAGACAGAAGUUCUCUGCUCUGUUCGUGAUAUGCUCGUGUACCUUUGCAGACAACUUCAGCAAUGGAAGAUAAUGCCUCUUGGCUGGACAUAUUUUUGGGGGAUAAUGAUACCUGACUUCAGCUUGUCUUGAAAAGAAUGCUCUUUUCAAGAGUCAUUGCAUAUGGGACAGGAAUGGUGAAAUCCCAUUCAAUUAAACAAAAAGCGAGGGUGCAUUAUGUAUUUGACACCACUAUAGCUGCUGAUUUCAGUAUCCUGGAGAGCCAGAGGGAAUUUGUGCAGCGGUAUCAGCGGAGGAACCAGGAGGAGCAUGCCUUACCAAUGUUUGCCUCUGCUUGCCCUGCGCCAAAGGCAACACACUCCCAUAGAAGGCUGGACCUAACACUUCUGCACAGCUUGGGUAUCUCGUUCUCCGUUCAUGCACGUUGGAUCCGGUAUGCUGAAAGGGUACUUACCAAUCUUGUGACCUCUCACAUUUGCACUGCAAAGUCUCCGCAGCAGAUCAUGGGCUCCCUGGUGAAGGGAUACUUUGCCAGGCAGCAGAACUUGUCUCCUGAUAAAAUUUUCCAUGUAAUUGUGGCGCCUUGUUAUGACAAAAAACUGGAAGCCUUGCGGGAAGAUUUCUACACUGCCUUGUAUAAUUCACAGGAAGUCGACUGUGUUCUGACAUCAGGUGAAAUUGUCCAAAUAAUGGAACAGAAGAAUGUGUCUAUGAAAGAUGUGGCUGAAAUAGCUGUAGAUAGUUUGUUUGGUGAAAUAAAGGAGGGAGAUGUAGUAAGGCAUGAAGGGAAGAGAUCCGAUGGUUACCUGGAGCACAUUUUUAAGCAUGCUGCAAAGGAGCUUUUUGGCAUGGAUGUCAAGGAAAUCACCUACAAAGCAUUAAAGAACAAGGACUUUCAAGAAGUUACCCUUGAGAAGGAUGGUGAGACAGUGCUGCGUUUUGCAGCAGCUUAUGGCUUUAGAAAUAUCCAAAACAUGGUUCUGAAGCUGAAAAAAGGAAAGUUUUUAUACCAUUUUGUAGAAGUCCUUGCCUGCCCAGGGGGGUGCCUAAAUGGAAAAGGUCAGGCACAAACUGAAGAUGGAAAACCAGAUAAAGCACUGCUUAACCAGAUGGAAGAAGUGUAUGCUGCAAUACCUGUUCGACUUCCAGAAACCAAUGCGCACGUACAAAAGAUGUACCAGGACUGGCUGGAAGGCAUGGACUCUAAGAAGGUCCAGGAAACUUUGCACACCAAAUACAGUGCAGUAAAUCAAACAGCAAGCAAUUUGGAUAUCAAAUGGUAAUAAAUCAAACUUGCAAAAGAUUUGCUUAUGUUAGUUACAGAUUCAGCACUGGAAACAUUCUAUGCAAUCGCAGAUGCUAUGCACUAGCCGAGUGUAUGAAUGAGACGCUUCCUACUUGUGGAUUAUUAUUUGUGAAGAACCAUUGCUUUUUAAAAACAGAAACAGAAAUCUUCAAAAGCCCUGGUUCCUGCCAUUGUCAUUUAACUCUUACUGUGUGUAAUCUCCUGCGUAUAAUGGGUUUCUUUAUUCAAAAAUGUGUUCUUGCAAGGUACAUAAGCACUUUCUGCCAGGGGCAGGGAGUGUAAUUCCUGAUGGAAGUUACUCCCUGAAGUGAAGGGUUCCCUUCAUUUCACAAAAUGGGCUCCCCCGAGAAGGUGAGAUUAUUGUACUCCUACUCCUAGGUGUGCAGUCCGUUUCAUCACAGGAAAAUGGUCAUCAUGAAUUUCAAUGUUGUUGUGAAGUAACUUGGGAUUUACUUGCCUUGUUAACAAAAAAAUCCCUUUACAGGGACAAGUGUGUAUAUGGAGAAGUGUAAUGACUUUAUAUAUGCCUUUUAUCCGUAUCUUAACAAAACCUAUUCAGUUCCAGAGCUAGUCACUAUUCCUUACUGAUGUAAUGUUUUGUUAGGAACAGGAUGUUUCAUGUAAGCUGAACUUGGGGAAACCAAUGCUAAAUGGUUACAACACAGUCCUUCGAUAAAAAUAGUUCUAGGUAAGUUGGUUGGUACAAAAAGAACUUUUCCUUGUAAGUUUUCUUAGAAACUUGCAGCUAGGAAGAGUGGUGCUGCUCAUGUUGUCUGGCAGCUUUAGGAGAGUGAGACGUGCUCGUGUACUUCAUGUGAGCACAUGCAUAGUACAGCUUUGCUAGAUCUGCUGAGCCAGACUUACAGCACUCUUGUUCUUUCAUGUUUCAGUACACAGAACACCAGAUUGUUCUUUCAUUUAUCUCCUUGUUGACAGACUUCUGUUAAAAUAACUUUAUGGAGUGCCUCCAAAAAAACAACCAAGUAGCAAUGCUUGUGAGCUCGUCAAAGUUACUAUACAUUGGCUUCAUGAAUUUUGGUGCGCUUAAUUUUAAGUGUAUUGUAGAGGUCUCAUUUGACAGACAUCUCAAAGUGGGGUAUAGUGCAAACUUUUCUGCAACUUCAUGAGUUGGCAGAGGGUUAUUCAAGAAUGUGAUGGACAAAAAAAAAAUUGAAUCUACUGCCAGACUUCUUCAAGUUUUCCUAUUGGAAUCAAAUUUGUUCACAAUUAAUGGCUGUUCGAAGCUAGCAAAGUUUCAGCUUUCCUUUUCCAGUCUGAAAGUGUGGGUGGGCUUUUUCAAUCAUUUCAGGCAGUUUGAAUGAAUCUUGUCAAUUUCUUAAUAUUGCAGCUGCUUGUAUGAGUAAGAUCUAAUACUGCAAAAAAACCUGUGUUAUUUGAAAUAUGCAUUUAACUUGAACACAGUGGAUGAGAUAAAUGCAUCAGUGAAGUCGAUUCAGGUCCUUGCAUUGCCUAAACAACAGAGGCUCGAAACGAGACAGACAUAAGUGUGUUACCCUGAUGACAAGAGAUCUCUUAAUGUGAAGCUGUUAAUAGAAUUGCAGCUUUCAACGGAACCUCCACCUAAAUAACAGAACAUUUCACUGAGAGAUGUUUUCUUUCAAGUGAAAAUGAAUUUGAUUACUGUGUUAACCUGAAUGCACACAAUGAGAUUAUACCCGUAAAUCAGCCUGUAAGUUGUUCCUUGUUGUAAUAAAAACAUUAUACUUAACGUGGUGCAAUAUCAGAACAUCUACAGAAAUCUACCUCUGUACAGGAAGGGAGUCUAGAAAUUGUGGGAAGACCUAUGUAUAGCUGAAACUGUAAUAAAUGUCUGCUAAGGAAAGAUGGUGGUGUUGCAUGAAAUUGCUGAACAGAUUACUUCUAGAAGCAACAUCCAACUCCUUUGGUCUAAUUUUCUUUAUCUGUCAUAAUUUCCUCCAAAAACUUCACCAGAUUUAUCUUGUAAUAAAGUAGCCUUGUUCUGUUUGUAUAAGCAUAUGUUUCUAUGUAUAUAUGGUUUAUAGCUUGAUGGCAUGUUUAAAUUAUAUUGUUUCAGUUCUUUGUAUGGUAUGCUUAUUUUUUUAAUGUAUGUAUACUGGAUGAAAUGGUACGGAAAAGUUGCUUUUCUGAUGAAAUCGUCACAAAAUGACACAAGAGCUGCCUUGCUGUUCUGAAAGGAUACCCUUGAACCAUUUGUACAACUUGAAAAGUACUCACCUUGCAUAGGUGGCACUGCUGUUGGCGUUCCCUUUUGCCGCUUGCCUGUCGCGCUGCAGAGCCUUCCCGUGCUGCUGGGAGCCCCAGCAAUGGGCCAGUAAGUGAAAUCGGUCUGUGUAGUGUGCUGUGCUCCCACCACAAGGGAAAUUGGUGGCUCAGUGUGUAAAAUAAACUGUUUCAAUUGAACCCACCAUUUCUUCCAUCUGCUCAAGUGUUUUAACCUAUUGAGAUAGUAGCAAUGUAAAAAUCUAGUAGGUUGUCUGCCACAGUAUUCUUUCUGAAGGCGAGGAAUGCAUCUAACCGUGCAGUUUUUAGUGGCUAGGUGGAAUGUAUGUAUUAUAACUAGUGACUUACAGUGACUGAUACUUGUCCUUUUUUUGGUUUUGUUUUUUGGUCAGCUUUUGUUUUAUAAGACUUUUUGGAGUAAAACUGAUUUGAAGUUUUUAAAGCCCUCUUCUUUAAAGUGCCAGUUUAAAAGAAAAGAAGUGGGGUUUUUUACUUAACUGUAAUGAGUCUUUUCCCCCUCCACCUUCUUUCACAAAAAUUUUAACAUACGUUGAAAAACAUUGUUGCAGCUUCGUAUAUAGUGAAAUCCUUGCCUAAGAUUUGAUUCUGGCUUUUACAUUUACAGUUGGGAAGUCUUGUUGUUGACAAUACGUGUUUCUAGCCACACUUUCUGAAACUACAGCAUUAUUUUAUUCCCGGAUACAAUUUUGGCAACUAAUAAUUUUCAUUGCUACUGCCUUUUCAGCAAUGGGAAAAGUUCCUAGAAUGGUCACAGCCACCGUGCUUUACUUCUUAGUUGAAUGUUGUGCUGAGACAAUCUUGUCUCUAAAUGAUUUUUAGAAAAUACUAAAAUGGAGGGAUUGUGGGGAAGUAACUGGAAAUGCUGAAUUCAUUUGGAAAUUGUCUUGGGGUAGAGCAUAUCAAGUGCUUGAUGCCUUGGGUUACGGUAUUUCAUGCCGAGACUGCUAGAACAAGGGAUACGCAUCGUAAAGUACUUCUGCUACGCCUUCUUCAGUAAGUUUGCCUCAGCUGCAGCACCUUGUGUUUGUCCACUGUAGUUAAUGAACAUGGACAGACGUGGACUAUGCUAUCACUUAGAUGAUGUGAACGGAUAAAUCUCUACACGGCAGUCUCAACUGGAUUAUAUUUGGAUAAUGUUCAGUUACCUAAAUUUUGGUGCUUUGUAUUCCAAUGGAGCAUGACCAUGACUUGUCCUAAAUAAAUCUUGGUACCAAAUUA